CCCCGUUCAACGACCAGCGCACGACAACACCCGAUGUAUUCUCCUGUGUCCCCUGGCCUCCUCUACGCUUCUUCGACGCCUUCCAUGUCAACUGUGCCAGGGCGAUGCAACAAUGUCGCAAGCCAGCUCAUCCUCGUCGUCGAGUAGGCCCGACAAGAUCGACCCCGUACUCCGCAAUGCGCUCCGCUACACCGUGAGCGCAAAGGAAUACCGACUGCUUCAUCAGUACUUGAUAUCUCGUGCGCCUGCGGUGCGGAAGAGAACGCCCCCUCCGCCCAGAUAUGAUGCCAUCGUAAAGACCUCGGACGACUACAAUGCGGCGGCUAUCCGCGCUUCAUUACGCCUUGGAGUGUCGACAUUUGCGGCUUUGAAAGCAUGGGAGUUCAUUACGACCAAGGUCCUUGCGCGUGGGAAAGCGUUGCCACCAAAGGGAAAGACGGCAUUCUGGAAGUCAACAAACAUUCGACUACCAUGCUCCCUUUCUCUUAUCCUCCUCUUCCACAGGCUCCUAUUUCGAUUCUUCACGCGCCUCCGUGAAAGCCUGCUCACAGACGAGGCAAAACCAUUCCGCAAGCGCAAUCCGCGCGUCUCGAAAUCCCUCACAUCUCGCCUUGCCCCCGCCAUUGGAGCCAGUAUGGCUGGUUUCUUCCUUGCUGUGUACCCCGCGGAUCAACUACGAGUUACAAUCGCAAUCUAUGCUUUUACACGAGCACUAGAAUUCCUAUAUAACCGCCUGGAAGAUCGUGGAUAUUUUGAAAAUAAGCCUUGGUGGUUCGGGUCAUGGUUACUGAUGCCCGUGGCAAGUGGCCAGCUUCUGCAUGCAUUCGUCUUUGAUAGAGACUGCUUUCCGGAGUCCUAUGGCAAGUUCAUACUGGGCAACUCUCCAGAGUAUAUCCAGAAAAGGCCAGCUGGUUACUCGAAACACAUGAAGUGGCCUGAUAGGUACGAGAUCGUGGAUAGUCUUGCUAAAGUAUCCCGAUUGAAGUGGCCAGUAUUUACUUCCCCUAUUCUCUUCCCGGAAACACAGACUCUACCAAUUACCCUGCGAAACAUCUCGCCAAUUACUUCUCCUGCACAUCCGGCCAUCAAGUCUCUCUCGUGUGCUCUUCUUCACCCUAACGACCCGUCCUGCCUCCGAACUUACGUAUCUUAUUACAUCCGUGCCUUUCCGACUGUGGCUCGUUUCUUCACUAUAAUUUUCACGGCACUGAGCGUCACUCGCUACAAAGCCUUCCUUGACUCGCCAAUCUCCGCACUCAACCGCCUAGCGAAAUCCAUUCUCCGUAUGAGUUUGUUCAUUACUGGUGCGAUUGGUACUAGCUGGGGUAGCAUAUGUCUAUUCCAAAACAUCCUCCCGCGAGCCUUCUUACCCACUCAGCGCUGGUUCCUUGGUGGUUUCCUAGGAGGGCUCUGGGCGUUCUUGGAACGAAAGUCUGGCCGCAGUAACUUCAUGUACUCAGCCCGCCUUAGCAUCGAUUCUCUAUGGAAAGUAGGGGUCAAGCACGGGUGGUGGAGAGGAAUCAAGAAUGGGGACGUGCUACUCGUCGUCAUGAGCUUGGCGUUGAUCAACACGGUCUAUGAGGUCGACCCAAAAGCAGUCAACGGGGGCGUAGUGAGGAAAGGGCUAGGUAUGUUAAGAGGCGAAGGGUGGGUCGAUCGAGCAGUUGGAAUAAAAGAGAAGAAGCUAGUAGAAAGGGAGCAGAAGACUGAAGGAGUUGAGGUCUUACAGGGAGAGAUGGAAGAGAAUACACAGGAGUGAUCUACGUCGCGGUCACAUUUGGGACUUCUUGCUAAUAGGCGUCGCUACAAGGAGCAUGAUGUAGAACAUGCGCGAUUGAGCGACUGGCUGGUUUCUGUAAGUUUCUUACUGCGCAUGUUCGAGGUUCAUGUUGAUACGAUUUGAUGUAAGGUUAACUCAUUGGUGCUUUAGCACCCUUUUAUGAUAAUCGAUGUUCGUCGUCAUGCAGGCAUCUUUUGGAUGUAUGGUAUAUAUGUCUAAUGUAUUGCUCUUAAUGGAGUGAGCUUCCAUUACAAGCAUGCCAGGCCCAGUCAAGUUGUCCUCCUAUCUAUGAUCGCGUUCGGCUUGAAUAACUUUUAAGGCAUGAAGUGUUCGUGCUUACGUAAUCAUUCACAUGUUUGUAUAUACGCAAACGCGAUCCUUCGUCAUUGAAUAGGCCAC